AUGCCCACUGGUGAGGAACGCUUGGCAGAAAUCUCGAAGGAGGAAGAGGAUGUCUUUGUUUCGGAGUCUCGAGAGCUUUACGUGGAGCUCACAAGCAUUUUGAAGGUGCAACCCAAGAUGGAGUCCAGUGUGUUUCCCAUCUCAAGGAACUCUCCUGUGGAAAAGCAUAUCCAAGGUGCAAUUGCCAGCUUAAAUACGAACAAGCUUGCCUUGUUGACAGCAAGGGGUAAUCAAGUGAAGAAGCUUGUUGCCAUUGUGGAACAAAUCAAACAGAAUGGCCCUAAAGAUAUAAAGCAGCUCAACAGGCUCACCCUCCUGCCGUCCCUUAUAAAUCCCAGUUACAGUUCCAAGCACAGCAUAGCGAACAUACAAGCGUUCUUUGGUGAUGAAGUGGAAAUGGAAGACCAGGAAAAGUCCGCCAGGAAGGAAAUCCAAGGCCACAAGGUCUACGAUCUACCGUGUUUGAACAUACUACUUGUGAGAAAGGCCAUCGAGUUCGACCCAAGAUUCCCAUUCACCAACCAGACGAAGCACUGUGCCCAGAACUACGUCGACUACCACAAGUGUGUGAACGUCAAAGGUGAGGAAUUCGAGCCAUGCCAGAUCUUCUUCAAGACUUUCACCUCCUUGUGCCCAGUCGACUGGGUCGGUAAGUGGGAUGACCAGAGAGAGGCUGGCAAGUUCCCAAUCAAACUUGAUUAA